AUGUCACCAAUUGAGCAUGUUUGGGAGGAACUGGAACACGCUGGCGUAUACGCCGAUCCAGAGCAUGGAUCGACGUAUACGCCAGCGCUGUUUCCAGUUCCUGUCAAUAUCCAGCAACUUCACCAGCCAUUUGAAGAGGAGUGGACCAACAUCCCCCAGGCCACAACCAACAACCUGAUCAACUCUAUUAUUUUGUUUGCAGACAUAGUGGGCUUCACACAGCUGUCGUCGUCCUGCAGCGCCCAGGAGCUGGUCAAACUGCUUAAUGAGCUCUUUGCUCGCUUUGACAAACUGGCUGCAAAAUAUCACCAGCUGAGGAUCAAGAUCCUGGGAGACUGCUACUACUGCAUCUGUGGGCUGCCGGACUACAGGGAGGACCACGCAGCAUGCUCCAUCAUGAUGGGUCUGGCCAUGGUGGAGGCCAUCUCGUACGUCAGAGAGAAAACCCAGACAGACGUUGACAUGCGGGUUGGAGUGCACAGUGGGACAGUCCUGGGGGGAGUGCUGGGUCAGAAACGCUGGCAGUACGACGUCUGGUCCACAGAUGUCACUGUGGCCAACAAGAUGGAAGCUGGAGGGAUACCAGGUCGCGUCCACAUCUCUCAGAGCACCAUGGAAUGUCUUCAUGGCGAGUUUGAUGUGGAACCAGGGAAUGGAGGUGACCGCUGUGACUACCUGAGGGAGAAGGGCAUCGAGACCUACCUCGUGGUUGUUCCUAAAGUACCUGUGGGGAAGAAUGGCAUCAAUGGUGUGAAGCUGUCUGUUACCUCUUCCAAUGGAAACUCCCCGCUGUUGAUCAACACCACGGAGUGUAACGGCAGUGUUAACACAGCCUGCACCACACCGGAGGAACAGGAAGAACUGGACACGAGGGUGGUGAAUCCAUCUUUCCCCAACCCCCGGAGAAGGCUGCGGCUGCGGGACCUGGCUGAAAGAGUGAUCGACGCUCAGGAGAACGAACAGGAGCUCAACAAACUGCUCAAUGAGGCUCUGCUGGAGAGAGAGACAGUCCAAGCUCUGAAGGGGAAACACACCAACAGGCUCUCCCUGAGGUUUGUUGAUCCAGACCUGGAGACUCGUUACUCUGUGGAGAAGGAGAAACAGAGUGGAGCUGCCUUCUGCUGCUCCUGUGUGGUCCUGCUCUUCACUGCAGCUAUGGAGGCACUCAUAGAUCCCUGGCUGAUCGCAAACUACAUCACCUUUGCAGUGGGAGAAGUCCUGCUGCUCAUCCUGACAUUCUGUUCUCUGGCUGCAAUCUUCCCUAGAGUCUUUCCCAAAAAGCUGGUGUCUUUCUCCACCUGGAUUGAUCACACUCGCUGGGCUCGUAAUACCUGGGCCAUGGCAGCCAUCUUCAUCCUCACCAUGGCCAACAUCAUGGACAUGCUGAGUUGUCUGCCUCGAGUCCCAGACUCAGGCAGCACCACAGUGGCUCCCUCCUCCUCCUCCUCCUCCUCCUCUUCGUCCUUGUCUGGCCCUGAUGGUUGCCUUGACAACCCCAAAUAUUACAGCUACAUCGCUGUACUGGCACUGAUGGCCACCACCAUGCUGGUUCAGGUCAGUCACAUGGUCAAGCUCACACUGAUGCUGCUCAUCACAGUGGCCACCGGAAUUGUCAACAUCUACAGCUGGAGGGGCAUCUUCGACAGCUAUGACACAGCCCGCUUCCAGGACUACAGGUCAUUCCAGGUGCCCUCCAAGUUCACCAUGACAAUUAUGAUCUUCAUCAUGAUGGUCAGCUUCUAUUAUUUCUCCAGACAUGUGGAGAAGCUCGCCCGCACCCUGUUCCUGUGGAAGAUUGAGGUCCAUGAGCAGAAGGAGAAAGUGUAUGAGAUGAGGCGCUGGAAUGAAGCCCUGGUGACCAACAUGCUACCUGAACACGUUGCUCGACACUUCCUCGGCUCCAAGAAAAGGGAUGAGGAGUUGUACAGCCAGUCCUACGAUGAGAUUGGAGUCAUGUUUGCCUCAAUACCCAACUUCUCUGACUUCUACACGGAGGAGAGCAUCAAUAAUGGAGGGAUCGAGUGCUUACGGUUCCUCAAUGAGAUCAUCUCAGACUUUGACAGUCUGCUGGAUGAGCCUCAGUUCCGCUGUAUCACAAAGAUUAAGACCAUCGGCAGCACCUACAUGGCAGCCUCAGGUGUCACCCCAGACGUCAGCAAUGGCUACAGUUGCAUAAAGAAGGAGGAGCAGUCUGACAGAGAGCGCUGGCAGCACCUGGCAGACCUGGCAGACUUUGCUCUGGCCAUGAAGGUCACACUCAUGAACAUCAACUACCAAUCAUUCAACAACUUCAUGCUACGCAUCGGUCUCAAUAAGGGUGGAGUAUUAGCAGGAGUCAUUGGUGCCCGGAAACCCCACUACGAUAUCUGGGGCAACACUGUGAACGUGGCCAGUCGCAUGGAGUCCACAGGGGUCAUGGGAAACAUCCAGGUGGUGGAAGACUGCUACAACAUCCUGAAGGAGUACGGCUUCCGCUUUGUGAGGAGGGGGCCCAUCUUUGUGAAGGGGAAAGGUGAACUGCUCACUUAUUUUCUGAAGGGAAGAGACAAACAAGGCUCAUUUAUCAACGGCUCCUCUGUCACUCUGCCACACCAGGUGGUGGACAGCUAAGGACAAUACUCACACACAAACACUCCCCAGAGAUUACUUCUAGUGUGUGAGGAUUGCAGAGCAGAGAGUUUUUGGAAUAAGAAGUAAUUUUCCUAAAAACGCUCCGAUACCUGGACUUAACUGAAUGUUUACAAGUCAAAUUGAAAUACCACUGACACACUUGAUACGCACCUGUGACAAUGCACCAGUCAUCACUGAACACACACACGAGUUCUCUGUCUGUGGAAAGAUAUAUGUGCCCAUAGAGAUUGUAUUUUAAUUUGAAGGUCAUGUUGAACCACAGAACUCAAAACUUGAAUAACCAAAAAACGGAAAUGUUAGUAAGUGACAGGAACAACAGACAUAGGAUUAUAACAUUACAACUCUAAAUAAUUGGACUACAUAUAGGCAAGUUCUAGACGGGGUAUGCUCACAGCUGUUUGUAAAAACAUUAAGCUUUUAAAGAAAUGCACUUUCUGUCAGUGUUGAGUAAGAAAUCUUGGAUUUCCCCAUCUUAAUGUAAUGGAGGUAAAUGGCUCUUCAUUAGUAACUGGAGUAUGAAGGAAGCUGGAGCUGUGUAGAGUGUUUUCACAUUCUCCUGUCAAAAGUGUGUUAUCCACCUUAACCAUUCAGCAAAACACCAUGUGUUCAACUUCACAACAGAUUUUAAUAUUUGGAGUUAUUCAAAUGAAAAUUGUAUCUUGAACCUUUCAGCAUGAGGAUGACUAAUUCAAACUGAUACAAUAAUAGGCUUUAUCUCUUUCCAUAAACAUCGCUCAGAUAAAAACAAAACAAUGAUCACACACACACACACACACACAGCCUUCUGCAAACACACCUCAGCACAUUACCACUACCUGGCUUUUGGAUGCCCGGCCUAAUUUCUGGACCGGUCCCCAUUUUACAAAAUACUUCCAUGUACGGAACACUGACCGACUGAUCUGAGCUCAGAUUUCCUUUUUCUGAUGAAGAAGAGGAUUUGCAAGUGGACCAAUGAGAGGCCAGGGUGUGACGAUACAGACUGAUCUGCACGCUGCUGCCAAUGUGUGGUCAAGUGUGUGUGUGUAAAAGUGUGUGCACAUAGUGUUUUUUUUCCACAGUCAAAGUAUUCUUUCUCCUCGUAUCUGAUCUGGGAACAGGUCAGAUGUGUCAGUACUGUGCUCUCCUCUCUGCUCCUGAAACUUGUGCAGCAAACUUCACUGCUGGCUUCUGGACCUUUCUGUGCCUCGGCGCUGUGUUGAACAUGAAGGAGAACAGGCGUGAGAGGGACAGGCGUCAGGUCCAGAGGGUAGCACACAUGGCAGGAAUAUUUUUCACACUGAUUGGGGAUUGAUGGAAGUGCCUAUCACAGCUGUGAUCACCAUGUGUUCAUGAAGUUAAAGGAUCCCAGGGCCUUCUACAGGCUGGGGAACUAUUUCAAGUCUUUGUCACAAUGCUGUGAAAGGAUGAUUCCACUUUAAUUCUGCUUGCUCUGCUCAUAAAUUCAUUCAAUUAAUAGCUGAGAUCUGGAAGCACGGUGACAUCACCAAAAUAGGUCCAACGGGUCAAAAAACAGAAGCAGUCUCAGGAUUAUACAGGAAACAAACCAACAGGUUAGGCAAACUUAUUUGAAGAGAAAAAGAAGGAUGUACUGUACAAUGAUUUCCCCUGUUGUGAACAUUCAUCACAGUGUAAAAACAUUUGAGGUGUGCUCACUUUCAGUUUAAUCUCCAAUAAAAUGGUUAGACUAUCAUAAAUGUGUGAAUUAAAUGGCUUUUUACAAAUAGGCCUAUUUAUCUUUGCUAAUAAUAUGCUGGAUUCGUGUUAAUGUAAUGUGUAUUUUCAGACAUAUUUUAGCAAAAUAAACUUUCAAAACAUUAUCUAACUAUAAUUUGGCUGCUCCUCUGCAGACACUCUGAGGACCCCCACAGGGUCCCGGUCUACUGUUGAAAAGGAUUUUAAAUAAUCUCAUUAAAGUGUUGGUUUGUAUCCAACCUGAAUAUCUGAGUGUUUAUGUUAGACCUUUUUCAGUGAUGUCAGCGUGACGUAUGACCUCAGCCGUUAACUGAAGUACAAUGUUAGAAAAGCCAAAAAAGACAGAAGCUGUAAUAAACAGGAAUUUUCCUUUAACUGCAAAGUUGUCAUCUGAAAAAAGAAGGCUGUAACAAAAUAAUAUAAAGUAUUUUAUAUGUAUUUAAAUGUAAAAUGACGUCAGCAACAAGCAGUUCAAAUACAUGACGUUGCAGCCUUCCACGUUUGCGCAAGAUUUGUAUGAACCCCAUUUCUAUCUGGUAUUAACAUGCGUGGAAAAUUAUAUCUGAUAAUGAGGCCUUUGCAUUGACACCUGGAAUUCUCAUUCUCUCAGAUCUGCAUGCACUGUGGUCGGAUCCUAAUACACAACUCAGUUGGGGGAGCCAGCUGACUCUAACACUGCUGUCCGACCACAGUGCUACUAAGCGAUCAGAGUUGGGUGACCUUUCAACUUGCUGGGGAAUUAUUUUCUUCAAAAUGUAAUCAAACUAUACAGGCUGUGUUUACACAUAAGGAUCUGGUCACAGUGUGAGCAAGACCACAUCCAGAUGUGGAUUCUGUGUGCAUCUACACCUGCAUUAACAUGUGGAUUCCCUGAUCCAGAUAAGGUAUCUUGUUAAACUCAUGAUAAUACCAAGUGGAUAUCUUGAACUCUGGCCUGAAGCUGGCUAUCAGCUGUGUGUCUUGUUAGUCUCUGCUUGCUUGGAUGUGUACAGCAGACAACCACAGGGUUCUUCAUACACCAAUGUGUUUACACAUGCAGUUGGCAGAUGUGGUCUGUGUGGUCCAUGUGGACAUGUGCAAGAAGUACCCAGUGACCCUUAUAGACCUGGGCAGGUGAAACGAUAUACAUCACUAAACCUGUGUGGCUACGUGGACACGGACAGUCUGUUUUACUCUAAAGAGGACACGUCCUCACAGCUUUAGGAUGUCCAACUGAGUCCUCUUGGUCCUAAAUCAACAUGGUAAAUCAAGGUACUGAGAGGUAAACUGAGAAGAAAAAAAGAGUUGAGCUGAUUAUAUGACAUUUUGGACCAAUUGCCGACAAACUGUAUUCAGAGGUGAGCUAUCAACAGGUCUGGUCACAUGCAGGGAAUGAAGCCAGUUGUGCUUCUCUUUAGUCACAUAAUUUUGCUUGUGAUAACACACUAAAUUUGAUUGCAUUUGGGGAGCCUCUUACAUUACUCCCCCUAACGCCAAAAACAAACAAGAGCAGUGGUAAAGUGCCCCCCCCCCUGGCCUCAUAAUAGUGUUGUUACUCUGGCAUGCGGCACUUUGCCGCUGCCUGGUGUGUUUACGGCGUAAAGUUUGUGUUUUGGAUGUAUAAGGCUUUGACAUGACGGCAAGGGCAUGCAGAAGAACGAGCACACCCACCUGGCAGGAAGCAGAUGUACUGUAUGUGUGUUUUGGGGGAAAGUAUAUGUAUACUGUUCUUUCCUCUGCUGAUUGUAAAGCCCAUUAAUGUCUCAGUAGAAUGGGAUGAAAGUGCAAUAGUUUCUUCUACAAACCUGACGCUCUCCUCUUAAGGAAAGGUUAAAUCAUUCCUUCCCCUUUAAUUCAUAUUUUUAUAAUGUAAUGUACACGUUUUGUUCUAUUUAAAGAAAAGGAAAGAGGACUGAAUAUGUCCUAGUUGUACAUAGUUUAGAAAGUGUUUAUUGAUCAGAUUUAUUUAUUGGAAAUAACAGGGACAUUGUUUUUUUUCUUACACGGAUGUGAAAGUGCCAAUGAUAAAGGAAUGACUUUAAAUGUAUAAGCCAAAAAUGGACCACGUCUGUUUCUUGAUUUGUAUUUUAAAAGAAUCUCAGGCUUGGGAACAACAUUUGAAUAAUGUGUCAUGAUUCCAGGUUUUGAUCCCAACAGAAUUGUUUUAGCUUCGAAGCAACAUGAGAACACUGACAUGCCAUCUGGAGAGCCCACGCCAGCAGGUGAUGAAGGAAACAAAAUGUUUCAAUCUUGUGGUUCUAGGUGUUACUGCUCAAUUUUUGUCAGAAUUAGAUUCAGAACUCUGAUUCCUCUUCACAGUUUUUAUGAUUUAAAUGAGAUAUACUGUAGAUCCCAAUUCUGUUUAAGUUGGAAGAAUUUCUCAUUCAGUGUACCCUCCGUCAUUUCAGUUGUCAUCAUAAGGUGAGUUGAUUAAAAGAAAAUACAAAAAAGA